UUUUAUGAUGUAAGUUGAAAUGUAAAGACGUCACCUGCAAUUCCCUCCAAGAAAAGCAAGUUUGGUACACAGAAUGUUUGGGGGUGUCAUGCUCAGAAAACCCUAAUUUAGCAAAUUCGUUAAUCAAUAUCUUCUGCUUCUGAAAAACUCGCCGAGUUAAGGUACGAUUUAUUUCUCUUCUGAGUUUCUUCAACGAUCUUCUAGUAUCUUCUCAGAAUAGAGAACCCACAAAACUUCAUUUUCAUAUUGUGUGAGUUUUGCUGUUAUUUGCGGAAAUAAUCUGGUUACAGAAAAGGAAAUAUUAAUUCAUGAAGUUUUUGAGGAUGAAUUUCUUCGGGUUUUAGGUCUGAAACUUGAUUUUUUUAAAAAAUAUUGAAAUAUGAUGGCUGCUUCAGUUUGCGAUGGUAGUGUAUCUAAUAAGCGUCCGACGAGAAGAACUGUAGGAUCCAAAAACUACGAUGAAAAACGUAUGGAUGAGUUAAUAGAAAACCAUAUAGGUAGUACGCCUAGGAAACGGAAUAAGACGAUGAAACAAAUGGAGAAAGAAACGGAAACCGAAGCUAUGGUUGCUUUAUCUUUAGGGUUUCCUAUUGAUGAAUUGCUCGAAGAGGAAAUUGAAGCUGGGGUUGUCAGUGAAUUAGAGGGAAAAGAACAAAAUGAUUAUAUUGUGGUUAGAAACCAUAUAUUGGUUAAGUGGAGGGAUAACGUUCAGGUUUGGCUUACGAAAGGAGAAAUCAGAGAAACUGUUAGUAAUGAGUACGGGAAAUUGAUUAAUUCAGCUUACGAUUUUCUCUUGCUUAAUGGAUAUAUUAACUUUGGGGUUUCACCUUCUAUUGCGUCCAACAUUCCAGAGGCAAGUAUUGGAUCUGUGAUUAUUGUUGGUUCUGGAUUGUCUGGAUUAGCUGCAGCUAGGCAGCUUUUAGCUUUCGGUUUCAAGGUUGUUGUUCUUGAAGGUAGAAAGAGGCCUGGUGGCAGAGUGUAUACUGAAAAAAUGGGAUUAAAGGAUAAUUUUGCAGCGGUUGAUCUAGGUGGUAGUGUUAUUACAGGUGUGCACGCCAACCCUCUUGGAGUUCUGUCAAGGCAAUUGUCUGUGCCACUUCACAAGGUCAGAGAUAAGUGUCCUUUAUACAAGUCUGACGGAUCCUCUAUUGAUGAGGCGAUAGAUUCCAAGGUGGAGAACGUGUUCAAUAAGUUACUCGAUAAAGCCACUGAAUCGAGAAAUAUCAUGGGUGAAUCUGCUAAUGAUAUUUCUCUGGGAUCUGCCUUGGAGACAAUCAGAGAGUUGUAUGGUGCAAUUCAAAGUCCUGAAGAAAGACAACUUCUUGAUUGGCAUCUAGCAAACUUGGAAUAUGCAAAUGCUGGAUGUCUUUCAGAUCUUUCAUUUGCCUACUGGGAUCAGGACGAUCCUUAUGAAAUGGGUGGGGAUCACUGUUUCCUUCCUGGAGGUAAUAGAGUUCUGGUUAAGGCGCUGUGUGAGAAAAUCCCUAUCUGCUAUGAAAAGACUGUUCACACUAUUCGGUACGGUAAUGAAGGUGUUGAGGUGGUAGCUGGCGAUCAAGUAUUUCAAGCAGAUAUGGUCCUUUGUACAGUGCCACUUGGGGUCUUGAAGAAAAGAACCAUCAAAUUUGAACCAGAGUUACCCCAAAGAAAACUCGAUGCUAUUGGCAGGCUGGGUUUUGGUUUGCUAAAUAAGGUUGCCAUGGUUUUCCCUCAUGUGUUUUGGGGGGAAGAUCUUGACACAUUUGGUUAUCUUAAUGAAGAUACUCGUCGACGCGGGGAAUUCUUUUUGUUCUACAGCUACCAUACAGUUUCUGGUGGUCCACUUCUCAUUGCUUUGGUUGCAGGAGAAUCUGCAUAUACCUUUGAAUCCACAAAUCCGUCUGUUCUUCUUCACCGUGUUAUGAGCAUCCUGAGAGGUAUCUUUUCUCCAAAGGGCAUUGAUGUGCCAAAUCCAAUCCAAACAAUGUGCACCAAAUGGGGCAGUGAUCCUCUUUGCCUGGGUUCAUACUCUCAUGUUAGAGUUGGGUCAUCUGGCGAGGAUUACGAUAUUCUAGCCGAAAGUGUGGGAGACCGACUAUUCUUUGCUGGUGAAGCAACCAUUAGGCAGCAUCCAGCAACUAUGCAUGGUGCUUUCUUGAGUGGCUUAAGAGAAGCUGCAUGCAUUCUGCGUGCCACAAAGACUGAUCAUAUUAAGUGCACUCAGAAGAAUGUGGGACCAUCCAAUGAACUUCUCGUUGAUCUGUUUUCAAAGCCUGAUCUGGAGUAUGGAAAUUUCUCAUACAUUUUUGAUCCUUCAGAGAAAGACCCAAAAUCUAUGGGGAUUAUGAGAGUUACUAUUGGUAAGCCCAAUAAUCCCCAGCAAGAAGGCGAUGUCACUCACCUGUCUGAGAAACUACCAUUACCUUUAUAUAGUAUGUUAACUCGAGCACAGGAACAACAAAUACAGUUGAUGGCUGGUGAAGAUGAAAGUAAGUUGAAAUCUUUGCACAGGCAUUUAGGAUUGAAGCUCAUGGGACCUUGCGGUUUGGGCAGUUUGGGUAACUCUUUGGCUGGUAGGAUUGCUAAUGCUCGCAGAGGUCGGGGAAGAUAUCGACAACCAAAGGUUGUCUAGAAUUCCAAUUCAUAUUACUGUUAUAGGCUCUUCAUUUCUGUGCAUGAAAUUUUUUAAUGUGUACAUGUUUUGAUGAUAGGUCAUGUUUAGUCUGGUAGUGGAAAGUAUUUUUGGGAUCUAACUGAUUGUAGGAAUUGAACUUUUGAUAUUAAAUUUUUUAA